UGAUGGGCUUCGCAGCGACUAACCGGAAGCGCCUGGAUCCGGGCAGGAUGCCGCAUCGGCCCGGUAUUCUCUUAACCCCAAUUUGGUCCGCUACGCCGCCGGGCGCCUUUCCCCUCCGUGUCCACAUGCGCUGUUCUUCGGCGCGGUCUCGUUAGGCACCGUUUCGCGGCUGUUGACUGAAACUGUUUGCGGGUGACCGUAUAAUUUUUGCACACCGGUGACUCGGCUGGUGUGUUAUCCUCCCCUGCUGGCUUCGACGCUGCUUAUUUCCAUUCAGAUCGCAGGCCGCCGUUUUAGGAUCAGGAUGUCCGCGUAAUUAGCAAAAUGCAUCGGGGACGUCGGCUGCAGUGAUCGCGCCUGACAGCGGUACCAGGGUGGGUAGUAGCUGGUUAGAUAGUCGCUUGGGACAGAUUCAUCCUCAUACGGGUUCGGGCGCCUUUAGCCAGGGUGUUUCUGCUGACAGAGGAACCAUGGCUUCCGACUUGCAAGCGAAAUACAGCAAGCUGGCCCAGGAAUAUUCAAAGCUCCGGGCGCAGAACCAGGUCCUGAAGAAGGCGGUUGUGGAUGAGCAAGCAUCAUCAGCCUCUCUUAAGGAGCAGCUGAAACAGAAGGACCAGAGUCUGCGCAAGUUGGAGCAGGAGAUGGACAGCCUGAGCUUCCGAAACCAGCAGCUGGCCAAGCGUGUGGAGCUUCUGCAGGGAGAACUGGCUACCAGCGAGGCUAAGGGCAAGAAGAGCCGGACCAAAGGCGACUCGCCCUCUCAGCAGGGCCUGCAGGCCCAGAGUGUGUUUAAUGAGGACCUGAAGAACAAGAUACAGGAGAACGAGAGGCUGCACAUCCAGUUCUUCGAAGCAGACGAGCAGCACCGUCGACAGGAGGCGGAGUUUCGGGUCCGGCUGGAGGAGCUGGAGCGGGAAUCGGGGCAGCACCAGACCGUGGUGGACGGGCUCAACCAGAAGUACACAGAAACCAUCGAGAAGCUGCAGAGGGACAAAACUCGGCUGGAGGUGAAGGGGCAGACACUGGAGAGAGAGGCGAAGGAGUGCCGCCUGCGAACGGACGAGUGCCAACAGCAGCUGAAGAAGUACCAGACGGAGCUCAGCAGGCAGCUGGAGCAGAGCAGCAGUGUGAUCCAGGAGAAGGUCCCUUUCAAUGACACCAAAUUAAAUGACUACAAUUCCUUGAACGUCCCUCCACACAACCGGAGACACCAGCUGAAGGCACGUGAUGUGGCCGCCCAGGCUCUCGCCUUCAUCCAGGACCUGGUAGCGGCGCUGCUGAACUUCCACAGCUACACGGAACAGAGGGUGCACAUCUACCCGCUGGACUCCUCCAUCGAGCCCGUGUCCCCACUCAACCAGAGGUUCGCGCAGUACCUGCACGAGAAUGCAGCACAUGUGCGCCCCCUAGAGGAGGGCCUGCAGCAACUGCACCAGAGCAUCACCGAGGACACGGUCACCACGCUGGAGACGGCGGUGAAGCUUCAGGAUUUCUCCCGCCACUUUGCCUCCUACACCUGCUUCCUCCAGAAGAUACUACCAUACCAGCUGAAAAGUCUGGAAGAAGAAUGCGAGGUGCCUCUCUGCACGCCCUCCCUCAAGGCCAAGAAUGAGGAGCUCAAGGGGGAUAUGAAGAGGGUGACGGCCGUGUUUGAGAAGCUGCAGACCUACAUCAGCCUGCUGGGCUUACCCAGCGCCCGUCCGGUCGCCCUGCCACAGAGCAGCUCCACUGCAGUCUUCACUCAGCUAGCAGCUUGUCUGCAUGGCCUGCAGGAUGCUGUGAAAGAGAUGUCAAAACACUACACCCAGAAAGCCACACUGGAGCUGGAGUUGCCCACGGCGACAGAGAAGCUUCGCACCACCAAUGAGUGCCUGAUUUCUUCCCUUUGCUGCCUCACCAACUGCACUGGAAAGAUAGCCACCUUCUUCAGCAACAACCUGGAUUUUUUCGUGUCAUCGGCUGGUUACGGGCCUAGGGGCGGGACAGACACCCUCAACCCCCUGCACGCUGAGAGCAUGCUGAGGAACAAGAAGCAGGCGGCGGCCUUCAUGCGGGUCCUCAAGAAGCCCCGCCCCGAGUCUGUGCCAUACCAGGAGGCCCUGUCCAAUCGGCGCAUCCUGACCAGCUCCACCGAGAGCCGGGAGGGCCUCAGCCAGCAGGUCCAGCAGAGCCAGGAGAAGAUAGCACGUCUGGAGCAGGAGAAGGAGCACUGGCUUUUGGAGGCCCAGUUGGGCCGGGUACGGCUGGAGAAGGAGAACCAGCGCAUCUCCCAGCUGGAGGCCCAGCUCUCUGCUGCCCUGGGCACUGCACCCGCCCCUGAAAGCCUCCCCGGCGAGGGAGACGGUACCCCGGCCAGCCAAGAGGAGGCAGAGCUGGAGGAGAGGGGCGCCGGGAAGGAGUUCUCGCAGUCCACAAGCCUGAUUGGCAUGCUGACCACGACCCCCAGCAGCGAAGAUGUGGGAGAUGAGCAGUCGAGGGAGCAGCUGAUAAAAAGCCACUACAUGGGCCGGAUUGGGGAGCUCACCACGCAGCUGCAGGUGUCCGACAGCAAGGCGGUCCACUUUAACGCGGAGUGCCGUGCCCUGGCCAAGCGGCUUACCCUGGCAGAGAAGUCUCGGGAGAGCCUGACUGAGGACCUCAAGCAGGCUGGUCAGAACACGUCCCGUCUGCAGGAUGAACUGACCACCACAAAGCGGAGCUAUGAGGACCAGCUGAGCAUGAUGAGUGACCACCUGUGCAGUAUGAACGAGACACUGAGCAGGCAGCGGGAGGAGAUAGACACGCUCAAGCUGGGAGGCAAGGGAAACUCCAAAAAGAACAAGGGACGAUAAUGCAUCUUUGUACACCCCCACUGGGCGGGACGGGAUGCGCACUGAACUUUGGGACCAUCCAGCGCCUUUCUGAAACUGUGCUCUGAAUGCUGUGGGGCAAAUGACCUUUGACUCUCACUGUUGCACAGCGGCGGCAUCCAUGGAGGGAGUCGCUGGGCUGUCUGCCAGAAGAAACUGAUUUUCUAUCUCUGUGCACUGUUUGCGAAGUGCUUCCUGUAGGAGUUCUAGGGGGGGUUUGCCACCAGUAAAUGGGAAUAUGAGCUGGAGACAUUGCGGGCUGGAGUGUUGACUUGGUCUGGAUCUUUAACGCCUGGCAGGAAGGUGUGCGUGUGUGUGUGUGUGUGCGUGUGUGUGUGUGUGCGUGUGCGUGUGCGUGUGCGUGUGCGUGUGCGUGUGCGUGUGUGUGUGUGUGUGUGUGUGUGUGUGUGUGUGUGUGUGUGUGUGUGUGUGUGUGUGUGUGUGUGUGUGUGUGUGUGAGUGACAGUUUGACAGACCGAGGCACUAUUAACACGCAGAGGAGCCUGGAAAACAUUUCCUAUGUCUGCAAACAAAUGAACUUCUCUUUGGAUUUUUAAACCUUCUGAGAAAAAAGGGACCAUUUCCCAGCCACAGGGCCUGGACCCCCCCUCAGGGGCUGCUGCAGGAUGUCACCACACCCUCUGCCUCGGUGCACUACCUUCCAUGACAGGACAUCCCGUCUGACCCCACCAGUCUGCGAUGGCCAGGCUGAGAAUGCAGGUGCUGAAGAAAGCCAGAGAAGAAUUGGGAGGGGGGGGGGGGAGUAUUUUUAUCAAAACGCAUUAACAAAAUGAGUUUUUGUUUGUCUUUCAUGGUAGUUUUAUCAGACAAACAAAAUGAAACAAUGACGUAGGAGUGAAGAUGGAUUUUUAAAAACUUACUCAAAUGCAGUCGGAUUCCUCCCAGUGAGCACCCUACUUUGUAGAUGACCUCUCUUUGUGUUUACAAACUGUGAUAUCUUAUUUGAUAUUGCGAAGCCUGUUCUCUGUAAUUACGUCUGUGACAGUGCUGUUCUCUGUUUUAGGGGUGUUCAUGGUCGGUGAUGUAGUCUGAAAAUAACCACUAAUGUAACCGUUCUGUAAAGCCUUGGGUGGGCAUUUCAGACCCCCCACCAGAAGGGCGGCGCUGUUAAGCUCCUUGACAGGUUUGUGUACUCGGUCUUCGUUUAGUGUUCAGUAUUACUGCUCUUAUGACUUGUGCUUUUGCUGAGACAGAUGCAUUUAUUAAACACUUUUAAAAAAAUAUAUAAUCAGAGUUCAAAACUUAUGUUACUGACUGUCUUGGUAUGUUAUGCUUAUCAAAUUACUGGACUUCCAAAGGAAUGUGUUUAGAUAAUAUACCACCUGUUGGGGAUGUUUGUAUCUGCUCUGUCUUUUCCCCCUUCAUGGCAUAAAUGAUUGGGUCUGUCUUUGAAAAGGUCUUGGUUUGUGUCCGCAGUCUUUAAACACAAUCAAUAUGGAAGUUACUGGAGUGAAAAGGUGAAGGGCUGGACGUCGUGUUUUUGAGAGGCUUUUUUGAUGUUGAACUUUUAGUUCAUUGAUCUUUCAUGAAAAUAUUUAUCAUUCAAACACUCGGAUGUUUCCAUUUUCAAGUUUUAAGUUUCAGUAAGAGGGUGUAGGUAGGGUAGGGUAGUGUUUUUUUUCUUUUCUUUUUUUGUAAUUGUGUAUCUGUGAUUGGUCCUUGUGAAAAUACUGUUUUAAGCCAAUGGGAUGCCUCUCCAAUUUGUUCACCUUCCAGUGCCGAUGGGCCAAUAAAGUCUGUGCAUCAGAA